AUGGAACUCCAGGUGCAGAUACCUCCUUGUGUUAUCAGGGUUUUAGUUGUUAUAUCUCCUGAAAUAAAGAAUUUACUUGAAGAAAUCGAACGUAAGGAAAAUAGCUUUUUAGGUGCAGAAGACGAAGCAGUCCAAACGACUUACCGAAAAUAUGCCAGCCAUGCACAUAAGGCUAUCGUAUUUUACGUUGGUGUUUCCCUUUUGGGAGUUUCUUUAUAUUUUAUGACGCCUUUUUUGUUGGAAGAUCUUAACUCAAAAACAAAUGAAACCAUUGAAGAGCACCAUUUUAUCGUAUCGUCUUGGUUUCCGUUCGAUCAAAACCGGUAUUAUACCUUAGCUUAUUUAAUACAAUUUUUCGGUAUCUCCUAUGGUUUUUCUUAUAUUUGCAACACCGUAACGUUAUACUUCUGCAUGUUUAUUUUCACGACCACAGAGUUAAAAAUCAUGCAGCAUGUUUUAAAAAACUUUUCGUCAUACGCUAGGAGAUACGAACGCAUAUUUAACUUGUCAUAUGAAGAUGCACAGAGGGCUCUGGUAAGAAAUAUAAUUAUUGAACACGCAAGACUCAUAAAGUUUGUGGAGGUGGUAAAUAAAUUAAUAAAGUUUACCAUGCUAGCUGACUUCCUCGUAUCUUCUUUGCAAAUGGCCUUUUUGGCUGUACAAAUGUUGGAUGAUGAAAUUCCGUUUUUGCUUAGAUGCGAGUCGUUCUCUUUUCUUAUUGUAUGCACUAUACAACUAUUCUUAACCUAUUGGCAUGCACACUUGGUUUUUAUAGAGAGUCAAAACAUAGCUCAAGCUGCUUUCGAGUCAGAAUGGACCACUUAUGAGCUGGAUGUAAAAAAAAGCCUAAUUAUUCUAAUCCAUAGGGCUCAAAUACCAUUGUGUUUCUUUGUUGGACCCAUCUACAAGAUGAAAAUUGAUACUUUGAUAGUGGUAACUAAUUAA